GGAAGGCUGACCAAGCUUUCUGUCUCUCUCUCUCUCUCUCUCUCUCUCCCCCCCUCCCUCCCUCUUAUACCCACACCCUGGAUGCAGGCAGGCGUGCACACGCCGGCAUUUUCACUGAGCUUCCACAUUGCUCUCCCUCCUCCGUGUCUGUGUCUCUAUCCCUCCCUACUCUCUCCGCUGGUGGAUUUUAGCCCACUGCUGUGUGGAACACCGCAAAAUGUCUGACAAGCCUGACAUGACUGAGAUUGCCCGUUUCGACAAGGCAAAGCUGAAGAAGACAGAAACAAAAGAAAAAAACCCUCUGCCCACCAAAGAGACCAUCGAGCAAGAGAGGAAAGGCGAUGCCACACCUUGACUUGUGAGCACAGGAAGAAAAGAAGCUGAGAUGCCACAGCAAAAAGCACUUUCUUUUGAUUAUCACAGUAUUUCAAUCCCUUAUGUUGUCUUCAGAAAAGUGACUGGGGUGCCGUAAGGUUAUAUGGCAUUCUCACAUGGGGGGCUCUCUUACCACUCGGGUGGACAAACUUUAGCCUUGGUGCCUGUCUUGCACUAUUAGCCUAUAGCUAACAUGUCUCCAAUAUUGCCAAACUGGGGAGUGGUGUAGUGAUGUAGCACAGAAAGACAGGCAGGCAUCCAGGCUAAGGGGAGGUGUGUGUGUGUGUGGGGGGUAAUCACAGUCUAAUCACGUGGGAUUUUUUCUUAAUAAACUUUUUACUUUUCUUUAUGAAAUAAAUAUGAAGACGUGGAACCAGUCAGUCCUGUG